AUGUUGCAAUCCGUGAGCGCCCACCUCAUGGACGAGCGCCGCGGGUCAACACGUCAGGACCGAAGACGGAGCACCUAUGGACAUUCGGCUGAUUCGCCAGCUCAUCACUCACAUCAGAAUUUUUUGAUGCCACCAGCACCGAUGUCAUGGAUCGGAACGCAAAUUAUACAGAACUAUCAGCCGACUAAUGUGCAACCAGAUGAAAAUCCAAUUGGGUGGGCAAUUUUCAACCCGUUACCUAUCAAAGCGCCGAUACAAAGACCCCGCUUGCGGCAAGUUGAGAUUGCACCAGCAUUCGGGUCCCAACCAUUUCUUCUUGUAUUCUCUAUCACAAUACCAUCGCACCGGCUGCUGCUCGGUUUCAUCCGAAACGCGCGCGCGGUGACACCGAGAGCCAAUGUUCCUCCGGAAAUUCUGGAACCAAUGGACUCUGGAGGAAAAUGCGCGACGGAUGACCAUUACGGUCCUGCCGUCGGGCACCAAGAAAGUACACCUGAAAGAGCCCAACGAGCUUGCCGAACUGUAUCCAGGCCGACAUGA